AUUUCAAUAUCCCGCCCAUACAUUUUCCCCCAAUCCAUAUUCCCGCCAAAAUCCCUCCAUCACAUUUCACAAAUCUCCUAAUCCCAUUCUCAAAUCACACGCACUCCCAAACCCAAGAUCUAACAAAUUCAAAACCCUAAGAUCGGAGAAAUGGAAACCAACGGUGGUGCAGCACCUACCGGGUGUUACAAGUGCGGCCGUCCGGGACACUGGUCACGUGACUGUCCAUCAAACCCUAACCCUAACCCUAACAACGAUACGUUUAGUAACAAACCUGCUGCAACUUCUCAUCCUUUUAAAUCAAGCGGCGGUACAUCAUUUUCAUCUCAAAAGCAGCCAGUCGAAAAGCCGAAAAAGGUUCCGAAAACCAGACCUAAACUUACUCCUGACCUGCUUCUUUCCGAUGACGGUCUCGGCUUCGUUCUUCGGCAUUUUCCAAAGGCUUUCAAGUUCCGUGGCCGUGGUCACGAGACAAGUGAUCUGGGGCAUUUACUAAGCUUGUAUUCAGAAUGGCACUCACAUCUGAUUCCCUACUACUCGUUCAACCAGUUUGUUCACAAGGUAGAACAAGUUGGCGGCUCAAAACGUGUCAAGCUAUGCAUAAAUGAUCUUAGAGAAAAAGUUGCAAAUGGGGGAGACCCAACCGAGCUACUUCAAACACCCCAGCCACAUGAAAACACAAAUCAUGAACAAGAUGCUAACGACAUAGAGGAACCGAACGUUCAACAUGAAGAUACCAUGCCAAAUAAUGGCACAGAUGAUUUCCAACACAAUAUCUUUCAGGAAAUCUAUGAAAACAUUACUGAUGAACCAUCUAGACCAUUGAAUGAUGAGGCUACCGUUGCUGAUACUUCUACGCAAAAAGAAUUGCCUAGUCAGACAACAAAUUCUCACAAUAUUGAAUUGUCGGAAGAACUAAAAGCCCGCAUAGAAGCCAACAGAUUAAAGGCACUGGAGAGAGCUGCUGCUCGUAAACGGGCUUCGGAAACUCAGCCAUUGUAACUUUCCAAUCGGUGUAAUUGUGGUGCUUGUCGUUUUUCCAUUUCUAUAUUGUUCUGUAUCAGCUGUUAGUAUCAAGAUGUCACUUCAUAAUCAUGAGAAUAUAAAGUUUUUACCCACCUAUCCUUUGUUCGAACUUGACAAAAGAAAUUGGUAAUGUUUUUAUGGA